GAACGACUUCACAUAUCGCCUACAAAUAACUAGUGCGUGGGAGGAUGUUCGCGCAUGCGCAUUGAUUUAAUAACAAUAGCAGUAGGAAAAUACAUGGACGGCUUUCCGAAUUGUUUCUCGAGAUUUCUGUGUGAGUCUGUGUGCAGGGCAGAAGGAUCAGUAAACAGUUGUCAAUCAAAUACACCUCAUCCAGCUGGUCAGACUUGAUACCUGCUGCCAGGAAAAAGCAUAAUCAGUUAAGAUCAUUAACUUUCAUAAUUGUUAGCAGGUAUACCUGUUGGUCUUCGCCUUUGAUAACAAGGUGAAAUCUUGAUGGGAAGCAGGAAAAGGGCAAAAGAAUUCCAACAAGCCUCCAGUGUCUGGUACUUGUCAGUCAGCCGUACAUCUUAGUCAGUGAAGGACAUUGUAUGGUUAAACAAUGAUGGACCACUCUUGUCUUAAUGCUGCUUUAUAAAUCUUAUUGGAAUACAGCAUAUAUUUGUGUGCAUGUGUUGGCACCUCUACUGCCAUGGGGCCACCAAACGUGUGCAUUGUGUAAGCCAUUAUGUGCCUUAUGGGGGAUCUUUAUAGUGAAUUAUCAGACACAUAUCAGGAGGAGGGAGCGUAUACUGUACGCAGUCGCUGUGUAUGGAAAGUGCCCCUUGUUGAAGGACCCUCACAGGCUACAUAGUGUUGAUGCAGUCCUGCAAUCUGGGGUAGAAACUCUUCCCAUGAGCCCCUUAACAGGUUACCCUCUUGUGGAGCAGUGCACGGAUGACAAGACAAACCUAAUACUGGCAUAAGCAGUUAUAUCGGUCAUGGUGCCUCAAUAAGACAUCAGAGACAAAUGGGCUGGUUGCCAUAGCAACUGAAAAGAUUUCUCUAUAUAUAACAGAACAUUGUCAGCCUGAGUAGAAAACUGUAGCUGUAUUGAAGUUGCAGUAAUGAUAGUGUAUUAAUUUAUUUCCCUUUAAACUCAAAGUAUUUGAGUGGAGAAUUUGUUUGCUAUGUUGUCACAAAGAUGACUGUAUGUUACUGUGGAUGAACAUGUUCACCAGGAUGUGGAAUAGCAUGUUUGCCAUUAUUGGAGACUUAACAAAUGUUUUUGCUGUUUGAUAGAGCUGUGGAUUCAGAUUUGUGAUUAUUUGAUACUGGCUAUUUUGAAAUGAACGGCAGUGGAGGAAAGACUGAAUAUCAUUAAUUUGAAAUUGGUUUCUGUACCCAAUUAGUAUUACACAGUGAAAAGCGGUUGAAGGUGAAUGAAACAUCAAUGAUAAAGUGGAGUAUUACAUGUUUAUUUAUGAAUGUACAGAUGUGCGCUGUUGCAGAAUUAAGUGAAAGAACUGAAAUGAAAUGGACAUUGUGAUAAAACAUACAUGUACAUACUUGUAACUUUUUUGUAUUAUAUUGCUUAUAACUGAUAAGCUUAAAAAUUAUUGUGCAAUACUGCAUGAAAAAAAAUGGAUGUAGAAACAACACUUUUAAUCAGAUAGAGCCAAAGAAAACUUUAAAAUACUAAAUGAAAGAUUCAAUGAGUUAUGGUAUGCAACCGUCAUGUACUUUAUUUGGAUGGACCUCAGUGUAUCCAAAUUCAACAUAGUUUGACAACUUACUGACGUCAGAAUGGCGUUCCACUGGCAGAAGUUGAGCCCUACAGAGUUCCACCAGCUGCAGGAGUACACAUCUUAUUCCACCAAGAAGCUCAAGGAUGUACUGGAAGAGUUCAAUGAGAAUGGGGUGUUGGCCAGAUAUAACCCAGAGGAGCCGAUAGAUUACGAAGGAUUCCGGCUGUUCAUGGAGACUUACCUGGCCCCUGAGAUCCCAGAGGACCUCUGCAAGCACCUGUUCCUGUCCUUCAAUAAGAAGACCCCGCCCCUUGUGCCCGCCCCGCCCUCUGUUGUCAAGGAGUUUGCUGUGAAGGACGUGGCGGUGGUUGCCUCCCAGACUGUGUGUGCGGCCAUCACCCAUCAGCCCACUGAGAUACAUGUAGAUAGGUCCGAGCGCAGCGCACUCGCUGAGAAGAUUCAUGGCAUCACCGAGAAAUUUCAAAGCUUAGGACAUUCCGGAGAUAAAGGUGUGGCUAAUCCAGUGCUAGAGAAAGCUUUCAUCAGUGACAAGGACUGUGAUGCAUCCAACCAUUCUCGCUCCUCUUCCAAGAAAUCCAACCACAGCAUUCACAGCGUGCAAAAUGGCAAAUCCAUUGACGGGGCCGACCCUUGGGUCCACCAUCAGUCCAACUCAUCACUGUUGAAGACCAGCGUGGCAGGCAAGGACGGCAAGCAGUUGCUGCGCUCCACUAGCCUGGACAUCAAGACGGGCCACAUAUUCCUCAAGGAUCUCGUGUGCUACCUCUCGCUGCUUGAGGCUGGACGGCCUGAGGACAAGCUUGAGUUUAUGUUUCGUCUGUAUGAUGCUGAUGGAAAUGGCCUCCUGGAUUCAUCUGAGCUGGACUGCAUUGUGAACCAGAUGAUGUCUGUGGCCGAGUACCUGGGCUGGGAUGUCUCUGAACUGAAACCAAUUUUACAAGACAUGAUGGUGGAGAUAGACUACGAUGCAGAUGGCACAGUGUCCUUGGAGGAGUGGAAGCGAGGUGGCAUGACCACCAUACCUCUGCUGGUACUGCUGGGGCUAGACACUGAGAAUGUCAAGGACGAUGGCACCCAUGUCUGGCGUCUGAAGCACUUUGGCAAGCCUGCGUACUGCAAUCUGUGUCUGAACAUGCUGGUGGGGCUAGGCAAGAAGGGACUAUGCUGUACAUUCUGUAAGUACACAGUUCAUGAGCGUUGUGUACACAGGGCCCCUGCAUCCUGUAUAACCACAUAUGUGAAAUCCAAAAAGACCUCACAGACUAUGAACCACCACUGGGUGGAGGGCAACUGUUCAGGGAAAUGUGAGAAGUGCCACAAAACCAUCAAGUUCUGCAACGGUGUGACUGGACUCACUUGCAGAUGGUGCCAUUUAACGCUUCACAACCGGUGUGCGUCACAAGUGAAGCCCGAGUGUGAUCUGGGGCUGUUUAGGGAUCACAUUUUACCGCCUACUGCCAUCUGUCCCGCAGUACUUGACCGGAAAACUGGAGAGAAGCGAGUGCUGACAAGAACAGACUCCACUGUGUUUGAUACCUCUGCUGGCCAGAGUUCAUUUCAAAUCAGUCCUGAAGACAAUGCUCACCCCCUCCUUGUAUUUGUUAAUCCGAAAAGUGGCGGAAAACAGGGAAGCAAGAUAAUGCGUAAAUUCCAGUACUUGUUGAAUCCCCGACAGGUGUAUGAUGUGAUGAAAGGAGGACCCCAAGUAGGUCUUCAGUUCUUUAAAGAUGUAAAGAAUUUCCGUAUACUCGUGUGUGGAGGUGAUGGCACGGUGGGCUGGUUGUUAGAUGCCAUAGACAAGUUGAACUUUGACCCUCGACCCCCGGUGGCUGUGUUGCCAUUAGGAACAGGAAACGACCUAGCCAGGUGUCUGCGCUGGGGCAGUGGUUAUGAGGGUGAGAGUUUAAACAAAGUGUUGGACCGAAUCCUGCGUGCUCAGACCAUCCAAAUGGACCGUUGGCAGAUAGAGUUCAGCAAGCCAGAAGAUGGGGAGGAGAAACAGGGCGACCCAGUGCCCUAUAACAUCAUCAACAACUACUUCUCUAUAGGAGUGGAUGCCUCCAUAUGUCAUCGAUUUCACCUGAUGAGAGAAAAACACCCAGAAAAGUUCAACAGUCGAAUGAAGAACAAGCUUUGGUACUUUGAGUUUGGAACAUCAGAGACAUUGGCAGCCACCUGUAAGAAUCUACAUGAGGACAUUGACAUCAUGUGUGAUGGGUGUUCCCUGGACCUGGCUAACGGGCCGUCUCUGGAGGGCAUAGCCCUGCUGAACAUCCCCAGCAUCUACGGGGGCACUAACCUGUGGGGCGACAACCCCAGCCAGAAGAAGAGACGCAAGGCACACAAACAAAUGAAGAAAGACAAAGACAAGGAGCUUUCUACCAGCAGCAUGAAUAGUGUAGAGCUGGGUAUUGCUGUACAGGAUGUAGGUGACAGGCAGAUAGAGGUGGUUGGUCUGGAGAACUCGAUGCAUGCAGCGCAGGUGUACGCUGGAUUGCGGGCCUCGGGCAAGCGCCUUGCACAGUGCUCCUCUGUUGUUAUCAGAACUCGUAAGCGGUUCCCGAUGCAGAUAGACGGUGAGCCCUGGAUGCAGCCUCCAUGCACGAUAUCUGUGUCACAUAAAAACCAAGCACCCAUGAUGUUUGGACCUCCUUCCCGAAAGAAAUCCUCGCUCUUUAAAAUAUUUAAAAAUAAUGUAAGUAUUUCCACAACACUUUUCUCAAAUUUUGUCCAAUCUGAAUCAUAAAAAUGUUUUAAUUAU